AUGCCAUUUGCGGGCACAAUUUCGCUGGUCUACGUCUCGGCUUUUGCCCUUUUUGUCGAGCCACUGAAGACAAUGGAGUUACUGGCCAUCAUCCUAACCCACGUUUGGUGCCAUUUCAUCGGUAUCUACAUCCAUAUUGGAAAGGAUAGAAUUGCUAGAAAUACCUUUCUGUCCGGUAGAAAUGCUGUUGAAGCGGAAAACUCGGCCGAGGAGCACAGCCAAAAAUUGAAUCGGCUUUUGUCGAGCUUCCUUCCGCUUCAUCUUGUCUCGACCACCAGGCACCAGAUUGCACAAUACACCCCUCAGAUAUUCGCUGAACAUUACAGUCAGGCGACGGUCUGUUAUGGUCGUCUACAAGGGCUAGAAGCUGUACUCGCACAAUGUUCUGCAAAUGAUGCAGCGCGUGUCAUCAAAGAAUUUGAUCAAAGAAUAGAGAAAAUGUGCGCGUCAAGAGGAUUCCCCUCUAUCGAUCCAGAUCAUGCCAAUCGAGUUGUGGCUUUUGCGUGUGAUUUGGAGGCGCUUGUCAGCUCAUUCCGAGAUGCUACAACGUCAUCAGUAACAAUCGAAAUUGGCCUCGAUUCGGGACCGAUUACGGCAGGAAUUGUUGGACGCACGAAAUGGCAUUACGAUAUCUUGGGAAUUCCGAUGGACAACGCUGUGCUGCUACAAAAUAAUGCUCCAAGUGAAGGAGUGUUUAUAACAGAUGAUACUCGCAGAUUAUUGGGCAGGGAAUGGCAGUUAGAAAACAUCGGCGAUUUUUGGAAAGUCCGAUCUCCAGGGGGAAAUCCGGUGGAUAUGUUUCCUUCUAAUAAAAGAUUUUCACUUGUCACCCUCCCCCAAGCUGUCAAUCGCCUUCUCCAAUCCACAGCUACUGCCGAUACUACGGCUAUUGGAAUGAAAACACUCGCCCUCGGAGCCGCCAAAAAGCGAAAGGAUAAACUACGAGGACAGUCAUCUACAGAAUCUGAAACCAAUUAUACCGGCCAAUCCUCGUUGAUGAAAGCAAUUACCCUCACUUUUACAAAUGAAGCAAUUGAGGAAGAGUAUCACAAAGAAAUGGACAAAUGGCUAAUACCAGCAUUAACGGUAUCGAUUUCAUUCUUGGUAGUACAUGGGAUUUACCACUUGCUGGUCAUGCCGAGGUUAAUAACGUCUGUGGUAUUAAUCGUAGCUGCUUUGAUAUUUUUAAUGACAUUUUUCGCAAUGUUAUAUGUUAAUGAUACAUUUUCGCAGUUUGUGACGAGAACAUCGAGUGGUCAUUCCCUGGCUGUAUUGCUGAUUAUGGCGUUGUUAUUUAUGUGCGGAAUCGUGAAUACGUUUUCCUGCCCGGCCGAAUACAUCCCCGGCAUCUGCGAGAAAAUCCACUUUGCCGCCAUUUCUUUCGCAAUUUGGAUCAUCUGGACAUCGGUGUUUUUCAGAUUCCGUUUUAUACUCCUUGCGCCUGUGUUGCUAAUGGCAAUUUUGACGUAUACAAGCCAAAUAUUCAUCAGUCAUCCUCCAAUUGGGGCCAAGGAGUUUGUCAUCGAAGCCGAUUUGCUGAUAAAUUUAAUACUCCUCGCAUAUCUUGUACUGCUACACACCCGGGUUUGUGAACGUCUACAAAGGCUCGAUUUUUUGGCACAUGUGAAGAGUGUGGAGGAGCAAUCUUCUAAAGAGCGAUUUGUCAUGCUGAAUAAUCAAGUAUUGCUCAAUCUUGUCCCAGCCCAUAUUGCACCUACAUUGGCUACAAAAACUGGCGAGUUAUGGCAACACGCAGCGCAUUCAGUGGGCGUGGCCUAUCUGGCCAUUUCCGGAUUCGAACUCCAUGGAGAACAAGGCCUAAAUGCCCUCAAUUAUAUUUUCGGAUAUUUUGAUCAGGCCCUAUCGGAGCAUAAAGGAAUCGAAAAAGUGAAAUCGGCGAAUAGAUUUUAUGUUGUGGCCGCUGGAUUGGUGCCGGAUUCUGGGCAUAAUGUGAAUGAAACCCCUUGGACCGUCGGGGAACUCCUGUAUUCUCUCGCCAAUUUUCUGCUUCGAGUUACAAAUUUCGCGACUGAACGCCAAUUCGACGUUCAAAUUGGUAUUGAUUGUGGGAGUACACUAGCUGUAAUUUGUGAUACUGGCCGACCACAGUAUGAAUUAUGGGGCGAAACGGUUGAAAGAGCUCGUAUCCUGAUGCAAUCGGCUUCUCACGAAAAAAUGAUGGCUUCGGAAGAAAUUUAUCUGGCCUUAAGACCUCGCCAUUUCAAUUUUAGCAGCACCCCGACAAAGAUUGGCGACAAUCUAAAUGCCUACAUCCUGAAAGUUCGUGAUGAUGAUGAUACGGUAUCUGUCGGUAUUGAUCAGAGAUCCAUAUCCCCGGAAUAUCAAGCUGUACCUCAACAAACGAUUUCAAUCAACCCAACACAAUCCCCUGAUAUGUCUCGACGGGCUGAGGAGAAACAUACAAUGGGUCUAUUCCAUCGAGCACAACAAAAUGGAUAUCCCGAUAGAACUGAGGUGCACUCCUCAAUGUGUUCCUCAUUCUCAUCGGAUCUCCAUUCCCUUGAUGCUGGAGGAGAAACGGAUUCCGACAUCGAAUGGAUCACCCCGGAAACGGCAUUAAUGGGAGUACCACCAAUGAGGGUACGACCGAUACCUCCAUUGUUUGCUCCGCCCGGCUACAAACCCGAUCCAAGCUUCAUGUACUCGGAUGUCUCUGAAGCAGAAUCCUCCCGAAAUCCGAGCCGUAUGAGUGGAGCGUCCUACAGCGAUCGGGGACCCUCCCGGCAAAGCAAAACCUCAAAAACCAGUAAAACGAGAAGAUGGAGAAGAAAUCCAUUGGGGUGGAUGAAAAAAGGCCAUUCAACAUUGAGUACAGACGCGGAAAGUCUAGCUGAAGCAGCACCGGAAGUCAGAUUAGAAGCUGCAGCACAAAGAGUAGAUCGAAUGAUACGAGAAUUGAAUGCUUAUGGAGAAUUGGCCAUGUCGAAUGCGACUGCCGCUGAUUAUGCUCCGUUUCCGACUCAGAUGGGCUCCUCAAAAUCGAUCGAACGCCUUCAGAAAAGAUCACUGAAUCGAGCGAUGAGCAGCGCUGCUCAUACAGAAUAUGAUAAUGCUGAGAGUGAGAGGGGAUUAAGUGAUGGGGAUUCUCGUGCUCCUUCUCGACAAUCACAUCGAGCACCAGCUAAGCAGAAACGGAAACGAUGGUUUUCCAGGUCGAAAAAGGAACGCGAUGGAUGUGAUGCAGAUAUGGAAUCGCAAUGUUCUUCCAUGGCUUCAAGCGUGGAAUUAGAUCCGUUGAGAUGGAAAAGUGUCCAUUCGAUCGGCUAUGAAAAUGAAUACGAACUGCAAUCAGAUGCUGAAGGAUUUUGUGUGGCUGAAAUGAAGGCCCUUUCAAGGGAUAUCAGAAGAAAUUUCGGCGAAUUUGAACUUGCCAAUUUUGAGGAUAUUGAUGCCGAU